UACACGCAGAGCGAAUUGUGGAAAGACCAAGGCUACGAUUGGUCCCUCCACGAUAAGGUUUUAAUUUUGAAUUUUUCUUUAUGGCGAGGGAGAGGCCACUGCCGGGACCCCAUCGAAUCCCCGGACUCUUAGCCUAAAACCAUGCCCAAGUUCAAGCAACGAAGAAGAAAGCUAAAAGCCAAAGCGAAAAGAUUUUUCAAAAGAAAAGAGGCCUCUCACUUUCAGUCUAAGCUAGUUACACCUCCCGCUCCACCACCCUCACCAGAAAGAGUGGUUAUUCCUUCAACAGAUACACCCCUUAGCAGAAGCUGGCUAAGACCGUCCUGGAACUUCAAAUUUCCCAAUUUUAAAGAUGCAGUAAAGCUUUGGACAAAUAGAGUAUGGUCUAUAUACAACUGGUUUCAGAACUGCAUGGCCUGGAGUUUGGAAGUAUUGAAAGACACCAUCUUUCCAUCCCGUUUCUGCCACCAAGAACUUCAUAGUCUAAAACAACGGUUUCGCAUUUUGGAAAGUGAAUUACACAAGCUCCAGGAAGCAUUGAAGGCCGUCUCAGAAAAUUCUUCCUGUCCAAGCUGUGGUCAGAUGUGUCACAUGCGUGGUAAACUUACAAAUGUGCCUGCAUGUGCUCUAACCACCCCUGGAGACUCCGAGGCUGUACUGCCCACCUCACUGCCACAGCCAGCCAGUCGUCAUCCUCCGCCCCCGCCCCCGCCCCCGCCCCCUCCGCCCCCGCUCCCUCCGCCUCCACCACUGACAGCACCUUUGCUGCUCAGAAAAUCUGAUCUCACUAAGGCACAUCAGGCUGGACCAUUAAAAAAAAAUGUACCCAUGCAUAUAACAGUUAAAGAUCUACUGACUGUGAAAUUAAAGAAGACACAGAGUUUUGAUGAAAGGAGGAAGCUUGUACCAUCACCAAAGGCACAGAAUCCACUAGUUACUGUCUCUGACCUGCGGUGCGUUUCCCUGAAACCGAAGUCCAAAGUGUUAUCAACUCGAGUUACAAAUGUCUUAAUUACUCCUGGUAAAAGCCAGUUAGAUCUGCGAAAACUACUCAGAAAAGUCGAUGUAGAGAGGAGCCCAGGUGGAACCCCACUUACCAAUAAAGAAAAUAUGGAAACAGGAACUGGGCUGACCCCAGUAAUGACCCAGGCCUUGAAGAGAAAGUUUCAGCUGGCUCACCCUAGAAGCCCAACUCAAACUCUGCCACUUUCUACAAGCAGCUUUGAUGAACAAAAUGAUGCCACCUCUGCCUGACUCCAUACGAUGAUCCAUAAAAUAUACAGAUAAUAUUAUCCCAAUCCUUUUUUUAAUGUAGUAUGUAUAAAUAAUUAUAUUAAUAUAUCAUUCAUUCGAAGAAUUAAAAUAUGUAUGGAGCCCAUACAUACUGUAGUAUAAAGCAAGUAUUAGGAUAUUUUCUAGUUUACAUGAUCAAUAAUAGAACAGAUGGGAAAAUGCAAUCCCCAAAGUGAUGUUUAUCCUGGAAUUACCAAAUUUAGGUUGGGGAGGUUAUUCAAGUUUAACUGGAUAACUCUAAUUUUUACUCUAUAGGUGCAGUUAUGACAUUAAGAAAAUAACCUGGUGCCCAUUCAUCUUGGGUAGUCUCAGGUAAUUGAAAAGCAAAGUAUUUCAGCCUGUAAAGUUCAUGCAUUCAUUAAGUGCUACAAACUUAACCAUAAAAAACAGACCCUCUAGAUUUUAUUUCUGUUCCCUAUAAUCAAUUAAGAAGUAAAACCAUCCCCCAUUCAAACCUAACUGUUCCAAAAGAAUUUGAAACAAAAACUCCAGUGUGACCUUAAAAAUUAGAAUAUCAUGGGACUUCCCUGGUGGUGCAGUGGAUGGGACUCCGCUCUCCCAAUGCAGGGGGCCUGGGUUCAAUCCCUGGUCAGGGAACUAGAUCCUGCAUACAUGCUGCAACUGAGAGUUUGCAUACUGCAACUAAGGAGCCUACAUGCUGUAACUAAGGAGCUGGCAAGCUGCGACUAAGGAGCCCUGGAGCCACAGCUAAGGAGCCUGCCUGCUGCAACUAAGACCCAGUGUAACCAAAACAAUAAAUAAAUGGUUUUUUAAAAAAUUAGAAUAUCAUUUCUAGCAUCUUAGGUAGGUAGUUAUAUUUGGCUUACUGAAGUCUGAGAUAUUCCUCACUUUGAUAUCUGCUAUCCACAUUCAUGACGCUAAAUAUAAAUUUCAUGAAGACCUCAACAGGAACCUUGUGUUUUCCACAGUGCCCCACCAAGGAUUCUCUGAAGUCCAUAGCAGGUUCACUGUGAGAUCUGAUUCCCUGUCCUCAGCCACCUAUUGAUUCAAUAACAGUGAUCAUGCGCACCUCACUGGAUUUUGCUUUUUCCUGACAGUACAGGGUUGACAGAUUUAGCAAAUAUAAACACAUGACACCCCAUCAAAGUCUAAUUUCAGAUAAACAACAAAUAACUUUUAAGUAUAAAUAUGUCCCAUUAAACAAUGAAUAAUUUUUUGAAGUUUAAAUAUGUCCCCAAUAUUGCAUAGGACAUAUUUAUACUAAAAAAUUAUUCGUUGUUUAUCUGAAAUUCAAAUUCAACUGAACAUCCUAUAUUUUAUUUGGCAACCCUAUCAGUCAGUCUUCUACAAAGUUGCCAAUUUCUGGGAGCCCCCAGUUUGUCAGACAUGUCUACUUAGCAGUAGACACUACUCUAGCUUCAGCCAGGACCCCUAAUCACUGAUGCGAUAAAUAUGGAAGAAGAGGAGCUCUCAUUAGGGUAAGUGUGACUCUGAAGGCACAGGAUCAGCUUUGAUGCUGAUAACUUCUGCUGCAGUUCCAAGAAUAAGGAUAGCAGCUCCUCAUGGAGGGGAAACAAGGAGUGGCAGUUUUUCACUGAACUUUCUAGCCCAACAGGAAACAGCUACAUAAGAUGAUAUCUCUGAAAUAUCCCCUGGUUAUCUCAGGCUAGAAAGAUAUUUUAGCAAUUUCCCCAAAAUGCCUAUAUUUCCUCAGAAAAAUAUAGCUUUGAGAUGCCAAAUACAGUGUUGUGGAAAGUCACCAAACUGGAAGGCAGACGUGGGGACAGUGUUCUUUUUUUCAUGAGACCCACAUUUAUAUUUACAUUUAUGGAUGCAAAUUAAACAGAUAAUGGAAGUUAAGAAAUAUAUCUGUUUCUGGGAUUCCCUGGUGGUUCAGUGGUUAAGAAUCCGCCUGCCAAUGCAAGGGUCACGGGUUCGAGCCCUGGUCCGGGAAGAUCCCACAUGCCACGGAGCAACUAAGCCCAUGUGCCACAACUACUGAGCCUGCGCUCUAGAGCCCGCGAGCCACAACUACUGAAGCCCGCGUGCCUAGAGCCCGUGCUCCGCAGCGAGAAGCCACGCAGUGCAAUGAAGAGUAGCCCCCACUCGCCACAACUAGAGAAAGCCUGUGCACAGCAACGAAGACCCAAUGCAGCCAAAAAUAAAUUUAUAUUAAAAAAAUGUCUGUUUCUAAUAAUUUUUUUAAACCUGCUACUAUGUUUAUAUUAAGUGAAAUUAAAGGGAAUAAUCACUGAGAAUAAAGCCAGUGAGUAUUUGUAAAUAUUUUCUGGGACAUUUAUAAUGUUUAUAAUAUUAAUAAACCACUGUGUACUGUAUCAAUUUAUUUUAAAUGAUUUGAUCAUUCUUGUGAGAUAAAGGUUCAUUUAAAAAAAAAACUAUAGAAAUCCUAUAGAUAAACAUUUGUAAAGCUGCUAUUACCGUUGUACCAGUAUUGAAGUGUGUUCUGUCUUACAUCUCUUACUAAUUUUAUGACA